UAUGUUGCGAUCAUGUUGUCGAUGCCAGAAAUCAUCCGGUGGUUAAACAUAUCUAUUUUUGAAAUUUGGCAACAGUGUAUUGGAAUUCUUCUGGCAACUAUACUUCUGACUCUGAAGUUGGAAUUCUACCCUAAUAUUUCCUACUGGCAUGUAUUUAUUCCGCUUUUUGGAGCCACUGCUUUAAACGCCUACUUUCUGUUCAUAGUAUCGGUGAGGACAGUCGUCGAAGAAAGUGAUUAUAAGGCGCCCCUCGUAAGAUUCUGGCUAAGCUAUAUACGAAUAGCAUCAAUUGCUUGUUUCGAAGUGUUGUUGGCGUACAAAAUAAACGGGGAUUUGGAACUUGGUGAAGUGACAGCUCAUUCCUCUUAUGGAGUAAUUUUCUUACCGGUUUGGAUCCUCAUGGGAGCUUUAUGUUUUCAAGCAUGUAGAAUGUUGUGA